AUGUUUAAUAAAAAACAAAAAUAGUAAAUAUUAAAGAUUAAAAAAAGGUGCUUAAUAAAUGCUUUUUAGAUAACGAUAAGAAAAGAUUAUGAAACAAGAGGACUAUAACACUUGUAAAAGAAACUUUAGGAAUAUUAUUAAUUAAGAGUAAAAUUCUUUAUUUAAUAGACAACAAGGCUAAUUAUAGGUUCAGUAAGAAAUACAAAAUAAUUUGGAAAAAUAAAGUUAAAGCCUCAGCCAUUUUGA